AAACUCAAAUCUUAUCACGUUCGAAACUUUUGAAUAAACAAAAUGAAAUCCAUUUAUUAUCUAAUAAACAUUAAAGAGAGAAAAGUGAAAUGCUGCUGCCAUAUAAUCGUUCGAAAAAUCGAAUAAAAGUGUAAUUUAGAUAAAGAAUUUCUUUUCUAUUCUCUAACAAAUAAAAACAAUUAAAAGGAGUGUUGGUUGGAUAAAUCUAGCUUGUGAAAAUAUUUGAAGGGUUAUCUUACACGCUUUACUAUACAAAACCGACUGGUGGCAAAGAAAUAAAAAGAAAACAGAAACAGAAGUGAAAAAUAUUAAAUUAUCGAUGCCACAUGUUCUCAUAAUGGAUCUUAAACACAAUUUGCUGCUGUUAUGGAUACUUCUAGGAUUAUUUUUAUCAUGUGUUGAUGCUGUCAAAGUUUCAUUUUUUGGCGCGAGUCAUAUCAACAUGCCACUACAGGAAGCAAAGCUAUCAACAAACAUUCGAUUAAAGUUUCGAUCGCGACAAGAUAAUGCGAUGAUAUUUUUGACAUCUGGAAGAACUGAUCAUUGUUUGUUGACAAUAAAUGAUGGACGAAUAAAGUUUCAGUUGAAGAUUAACGAAUAUGAAACUGAACUCUGGUCACCAAAGCAAUUUACUUUCAAUGAUCUUGUAUGGCAUGAAGUUGUCAUCCUUCGAUAUGAAACGAAUUUAACAUUACAAGUUGAUGAUCAUUUUGUUCGUCGAACAUUACCGACUGAUGUGAGAGAACUUAACGUUCACUUUGGAGCAUUUCUUGGUGGUGUCGGCGGUUACAGUUUUUCCUAUCUAAACGGAAUGGAAAACUUUCGUGGAUGCAUUUCUGAUGUGUUCUAUAAUAACAUAAACAUUUUAAAACGUGCACGAGAAAAAUCAAAUCACGUUGAAACUGAAAGAAUCUCAUGGAAUUGCGCACCAGAAUUUGAUGCUGAAAUUCAUGAGACAAUAAGUUUUGUUGAUGAAGUAGAAGGCUUCAUGGUUUACAAGAAAUCAAUUGAUACAAGAAAAGCAAGAAAUGGCGACAUUUGGUCAUUUGACUUUCGAACUGUUGAAGAAUAUGGAGCGAUAAUUUAUAAUAUUGAGUACUCGAAUCGCUACGAUUACAUGGCGCUUGAAAUAAUCGACAGCCGCUUAAGACUUCUUGUUGGUAAAGGUUCAAAUGCUGUAGAAUUAAUUCCCGAUAAGAAUGUCACUGAUGGUCAAUGGCACAGCGUUAUCAUUUCUUACAAUCCCAGUGAAGUAAAAAUCUCAGUUGACGAUGUUUUAAAUGCUGCUGCUUUUGCCAAUGGAAGUUCAAAUUAUCUCGAACUUGGUAAUGAGUUUUACAUUGGUGGACUAGAUGCAGAAACGAUAAGAAAGAAAGCAGCUAACAAAGGAUUUCAUGCAAGAGAUGUAAGCUUCAAAGGUUGCCUUCGAAACAUUUACGUCAACUCAGAUCUUGUUGGAUUUCCAACAAUGAAAAUCACUUAUGGAACAGCUGUCGGAUGUGUUUGGAGAUAUCCAUGCAUUGAGAGUUCUCCAUGUGUUUUAAGUGCAACAUGCCAUCAACAAGGAAUCGACAAUUUUAUCUGUUCAUGCGAUCAGAAUUUCUGUAUUCGAACUGAUUAUCAUGAGCCAUACAAAUUAUUCACAUCUUUCUCACCACCCGAACACAUUCCAUUGCUAGAAGUCAAUCCGAUGGAAGUAAUUGAAGGUGGUUACAAGUUUCUAUCUCCAGAUUAUGUUCGUGUUGUUUUCGAUUUCUCUCGACUUAAACUACACGAAUCAAAUGUUCUGUUCAACAUCACACAACAACCGAAGUAUGGAAAGCUUGCAAUUCUCGGAAGUGGCGAACAUCACAAUGAGACGCAUUCAAGAAUCUUUUCAUUAAUUGAUCUUCAAACAGAUAAAGUGAAGUAUAUGCAUGAUGGAUCUGAACAUUUAAGUGAUCACAUGGGACUUGAGAUGCAAUUUGGAAUGAAAGAUUCAAUUGGAAUAAUUCUUGAGAAACGCAGAUUCAUUCUACAUGUGAAUGUUACGCCAGUUAAUGAUCCACCGAUACUGGCACUCCCACCGAACAAGAUUCUUCGUUUAAUUCAAGGAAUUCCGAAGGUCUUAGGACCUGAUUUAUUGACUGCCAUCGAUCCCGAUAGUUCCAAUUCAAGUCUGAUCUUUACAAUACUCAUGAAACCGGAAUCUGAAGGUGAGAAUGGCGUACUGGAAGUCAAUGGGAAGCAAACUGAUUCAUUCACUCAAGAAGAUGUCAAUAACAAGAUUGUGACUUAUCUUGUCAACUCGCAACAUCACGAAGACACUUCAUUUGACAUUGCUUUGCAAGUUUCUGAUGGAAUGGAAACCAGCGGAUCUGAAGCAUUGCAUGUGUCAGUUCAGCCUUUGCAGCUUCGAAUGAUGAACAAUACGGGUCUGGUUAUGAUCCACAAAUCGCCUUCAUUCAUCACACCUUGGAAUCUCUCAUUCAGCACCAAUUCUGAUGAUGAUAAUCUCGACGUUCGAUAUGAUAUUGUCAAGCAACCACAUCAUGGAACGAUUCAGAAACUUCGAUCAGUCGAUUCAUCGUGGAUAUCUGUUGAAAGUUUUACCAGCAAUCAAUUGCAAUUGGGACAAAUUCGUUAUCUCCACACAUCAUCAGAAUUUCCGCAAUUUGAUGAAUUUAAAUUUACAGCGACUUUGGGUUCUGUUCGAUCUUCAAUUUAUGAUUUCCGAAUAACAUUUACAAAGCUUCGAAUUGGAAUACAAAAGCAUCAGAAUAAAGUCAUAAAUGGAACGAAAGAUUCGGUGAUUGAGAAUGAAUAUUUGUAUCAUCAGACAACUCCAAUUCCAUCAUUUAGUCGAACGAUUAUUUACACGUUGUUGACAGUUCCACGUUUUGGAAUUCUCUACGUUGCUGGUUAUGAUGGUUCAGCAAAAGCAGGCGAUUCAUUCACUCAAUAUGACAUUGAUGAGCGGAGAAUUCGAUAUAAAACUUUCAGAACUUCAUAUUCAACUUUUGUUGACGAUCUCGAAUUUAUUGUGACGGUUCCCGAGUGUGAAGACGUCAUUGGAUCGAUUAAAUUGAUUUACAAUCCUGAUGAAGAAUUGGCAAGCACUUUAAGUUACCAAAGAAAAGACAAACUUUAUGUCAAUGAAGGUGAACGAACGCCAGUGUCACGAAUUCACUUUGAUGUUCUUCUCAACAGAUUUAACUCUUUAACAUUCAAUCUAACGCAUCCACCAAAACAUGGCGAUUUGUGUUUAGUUCAACAAGACUACCGACAAUUCAUCGAAACGUUUCAACUUGAGAAUCUUUAUCUUGGUGAUGUUUAUUACUGUCAUGAUGAUUCGGAAUCAACAGAAGAUUCCAUGAAGAUUUUAAUUCUUUCCGACUCUCAAACCGACUUUCAAUAUAUUGCCGAAAUCAUCAUUGACAUUGAUCUUCAAAAUGACAAUCCACCUGCACGUUUGAUCGAGAAAAAGUUUCCAAUUGUUCGCUAUGAUUCUAAAUUAAUUACUUCAAUUGAUUUGAAAUAUUAUGAUCCUGAUAUUGAUUCGAGAACUGCUGACAUUAUUUACAGAAAUAUUCAAUCAACAAAUGGUGAAGUUAUGAUUGGUGGCAUUACAAUUCUCUCAUUUAAUCAAGAUGAUUUGGACAAUUUACGAGUUUACUUCAAUCAUUCAGGAGAUGAUUUUGGAAGUGUCAUCUUCACUGUCACUGAUGGAACAUUUGACGUUCCAGGAAUGUUAGAAAUCGAAGCUUCUGACCCAUUUUUAAAGAUUAUUGAAGCAAAUGCAUCGAUUGUUCAAGAAGGACGAUUAGUGCCGAUAACAUUGGAUGAUCUCAGCAUUGAAACGAAUCUGAACGUCAAACCCGAGCAGAUUGAAUAUAAAAUCAUCACAGAUCCUGUUCAUGGCGUCUUAAAAUAUUAUCGUAAGAAACUGAAUCUUACAUACUCGGGAAACAAUGUCACGUCUUUAAAAAAUUUUACUCAAGCUGAAAUAGAGAAAGAACGAAUUGCUUAUAUGAACACUGAAGUUGCUUCCAUGGAUCGAUUCAAAUAUCGUGUCACAGCGAAGGGUGUUUGGACAGAAGGAGAAGUUUUGAUCAGAAUUUAUCCAUCAACAUAUUGGGAGCCGCUUCAAAUUAAAAGAAAUCAAACACUUUAUGUUGAAGAGUCAACAAGCAUUACGAUAACAAGAGAUGUGCUUGAGAUUGGUCAUCCAAACAUUUCACCAGGCGACAUAACGUACUUGGUUUCAACAUCACCUCAACAUGGUUACCUAGAAAUUCAAUCGAUAACAUCCGAUGAUGAAUACAACUCGAAAGUCUUCGAUCAGUCGACGAUAAAUUCAGAGAAAAUGUUUUACAUUCAAGCUGGUGUUAAUCAAUCUACAGAUUACUUCAUGUUCGAUGUAACGAACGGAAUUUAUUGGUUGCGAGAUUUACUUUUGAAAAUUGUUAUCAUUCCGGAAAAUUUAUACAUCAAAACACGAAAUUUGCUUGUUGAAGAAGGAAAGUUUGUGAAACUUUCUCCUGAAUACAUGACGCCUUACUCUGAAUAUUACAUUGGAAAAAUUAUCGAAUAUAAAGUUCUUGAACUUCCUCGAUUUGGAUCGUUACGGUCUGGUAAGUCGUCAAAGAUUAAUCGCUUUACUCAGAAGCAGCUGGAAGCGGGCGUUGUUCAGUACAUUCACAGUGGAAGUGAAGAUCACUUCGACACAAUGAAGCUUGUUGCUUAUGGAAAGAACAAAGAAAGUUUACCGUUUUUAUUGAAUAUCGAAGUUCAGCCAGUUAACGACGAGGUUCCCAUCGUAACGACAAACACAGGCUUGCAAAUGUGGAUUGGUGGGAAAUCUGUGUUAAGAAAUUCUGAUUUGUUGACCCAAGAUUACGACACUUCACCUGAAAACUUGAUAUAUUAUGUACAACAUCUUAGUGGCGGAUAUUUAAGCUACCGAAAUUUGUUUAAUCGCAAAAUUCACAACUUCACACAAGACGACAUAAAUCGGGAAAAUAUUUUCUUCAUUAAUGAUCACAAUGGACAAAGUGGCCAAAAUGGUCAAGUCGUUUUUUAUGUUUCUGAUGGCAUUCACAAUACAACUGAACAAGUUCUUUAUGUGACUAGUAACGCUGUUACAUUAGAAAGUGAACAUAAUGAAUUUCUUCAUGUCUUUCCAUUGACAAGAAAGCAAAUUCUUCCCGAACAACUUCAUUACAAAUGUUCUGAUCUUGAUCGUGAAAUUAAUUAUCACAUAACCGUCUUACCUCAAAUCGGUAAAAUUAUCAGAGAAGACACGUCACUUGGCGUCGUAGAAGAAGUUAAAAGAUUCACUCAAGACGAUAUUGAGAAUGGUCGAAUUUUUUAUGAACACACAUCACCAAUGGUUGAACUUCGAACCAAUGAUUCAUUCUUCUUCGAUGUUAAUGCAUUAUUUGCUCCAACACUCAUUGAUCAAGUGUUUAACAUUGAGAUUUCAGUUUCUUCUGGUGGACUUUUAAAAUUCCUUCCAAAUAUUAAAAUUGAAGUCGAUGAAGGUGACCAAGCACCGAUUCGUCUUGAUUUGUCGAGAGUGUUGGAAUAUCUCGAGACACGUGUUGCCAUCAUAUCACCUGAGUUGUAUGUUGAAACAUAUCAACCAGCUCAUGGCAUCAUCAAGACAAUGGAUUCGCGUAAAAAUAUAAAUCGAUUUAAUUUGAAUGAGUUCAAUGGAAAUAAAAUUUAUUAUCAACACGAUCAUUCAGACACAAUUGAAGAUAAGAUUUCGAUGGCCGUUUAUCUGUCAUUUGGAAAUAUUUUCCUAUGCAACAUCACAAUUCCUGUGACCAUUCGUCCAAAGAACGAUCAACCGUUUUAUUUGAUGACGACAUCGCCACGGAUUUCUGUCAUUGAAGGAGAAAAUAAAACAAUUACAAACUUUGAUUUGCUCACGGAAGAUGCUGACACAUCGCCCGAGGGAAUUAUUUAUGACAUCAGUGGCGGUCCAAUUCAUGGAAUGUUACAAAAAAUAUCUGAUGAAGGUUACGUUCAAAGUAUUGUUUCGUAUGGAAAUCAAUUCACUCAAGCUGAUAUCAACAGCAAUCGAAUAAUUUAUACGCACUCAGGAAGCCCUGAAUCUACGACAUUUUCAUUUCAAGUUUGGGAUGGUGAACAUAAGCCAGCUUUUGAUACAUUCUCGAUUAAGAUUCUUCCGAUUGAAAUUCUACCUCCAACUUCCCCAGCACAACCAAUGAUUGUUCAACAAGGAUUGAAUGUUGGAACGCUUGAAUCGAAGCAUGUUCCAAUUGAAACAAAUGUUCAGAAAAGUCGAUUGAUUUACAACAUCACUAGACUACCAAAUGGCGGCGUUCUCAACAAUAAUCAUAAGCAAAUCUUUCGAUUUAAUCAACGACAGUUGGAAGAUGGAGUCAUUCAAUAUGUUCAGAAUGAUAUGACACGAAGUAAUGAUUCGUUUCAAGUUAAUGCUUAUAUUCCUGACUCGUCUUCUUCCCUUAUUGUCGACAUUUUGAUUGUCGUUCAACCUUUCAUCACAAUCAGUCCAAUUUAUAUCACGCCAGGAGGUAAAAUACGAUUGUCAUCAACAUUUAUUCAAGACAACCCAACACAACUCAAAUUGAAUCGUUACAAUCCAAAGAUUUUCAUCACGAAACGUCCACAAUAUGGGAAGUUGAGGAAAAUUCGACGAAGCACUGGCGAUGUCGAGAAUGUCAACGACAAGGAAGUGACAACAUUUACUUACAAAGAGAUGAAGAGUGGAAUCAUUUAUUAUGUAGCAAGGAAAUUUCCGUCAUCGUUCACAGGAAUGAAUGAUUCUUUCGAAUAUAUUUUAACAACGAAAUCAGCACAACCAGCUCAAGGAGUUGUUCCAAUAGAACUUCAUUCUUCACUUUUGUCUGGUGAAGAUUCAUCACAACCUGAUGUUGUUGUCGCUGAUUCGACUUUCCUGCCAUUUGAUAUUUUAAUUCUUGUCGCAAUUCUCAUUGCCAUAAUCGUUCUUCUCAUUCUUCUAAUUCUUUUUAUCAAAUGUCGAUCAAGUAGUAAGAAAAUGAAGUCUAAAGAUCCACCACAACUUCCACGUCCACCUGACUUUAUGACUAUCAAUAAUACAAGAAGCAUGUACACACCUUCAGAAAACGAAUCUCUUCCAGUCACACAAUCAUCAACUCCACUUCCUGUUCUAAGCAAUGUCCCGCACUGUAAGGUCAUCCCAAUUGGAUUGGACAUCCACGAUUCUGAUCCUGAAGACAUGAUCGAUAUGCGAGAAGAUGCACGAGAGCAAAUGCUUCGAUAUGCAGCAUCUUACAAUGAUGAUCCUGAAAGUUGGACAUCUUCAAUUGGUGACAUGAUGGGAACAAUUCCUGAAAUGACUUAUCCAUCAUCACUUGCCCAACCCCAACAUAUUCCACCCAAGAUCAAUCCAUUACUUCGACGGAAUCAAUACUGGGUUUAA